GGGUAUUCCGGGUUCUCCAAUUAAAAAACUCGUCAGGUGCCCCUCCUGAAGCUUCCCCGCCCUGCUCUGCUCAGCUCCACCAACCCCUACCAGCUAUUGUAGAAGUCAUGUGAGCAGUUUAUGGAACAGGAUUAGGUCUGCAUCAACGUUGUGUAGAAAUGGACGAUUUUCACAAAGAGAAGCAUGAAUUCAUAAAAUAAGGGUCAAUGUUUUACAGCAACAACCUGAGUCCGUACAGGUUGCGUCCAAUUACAGGCCACGCCCCUUCGGAACUGAAAGGGAAACCCAAACUAGAGGGGAUGGGACGGUGACAUCCUUGUCCCACGGAAUUAUCCGACCAGCCGAACUACUGUAAACCCAUUACAGCGAGCUCCCGGCUACACCACGGCCGUGGAAGAACGCACUGAGCACGCGCAAGAGGACAGCAGUCGGAAACGAGCCGUUCCGUCGUCGUCGUCAGCUCGGAAACCAGCAACACACAAAAGAGGAGCAACUCGUAACCAUGUCCGGGUUCCUGGAUAGCAUCAGAUGCGGUGACUGCGAGUGUAAUGUGGACUGGUCAGAGAAGCGGAACACCAUCGCGUCGGUGGCCGCUGGUGUGCUGUUUUUCACCGGAUGGUGGAUCAUCAUUGACGCUGCCAUCAUGUUCAAAGAUCCAGAGACCUUCAACCACGCCUACCACGCCUGUGGGGUCAUCGCCACUGUGGCCUUCCUCAUGAUAAACGCGGUGUCUAACGGGCAGGUUCGGGGGGACAGCUACAGCGAAGGCUGCCUGGGCCAGACUGGUGCCAGGGUGUGGCUGUUCAUUGGCUUCAUGUUGGCGUUCGGUUCCCUCAUCGCCUCCAUGUGGAUCCUGUUCGGCGGAUUCGUCGUUAACCAUGCGGACAAGCCUGUUUAUCCUGGCAUUGCGGUUUUCUUCCAGAACGCCUUCAUUUUCUUCGGGGGCCUGGUGUUCAAAUUUGGGCGCACCGAGGACUUGUGGCAGUGAUCAGUGAUUUCUCCUGUCUGUCCUUCCAUGUCGUUACUCCCUCCUGUGUUUUUUUUUAUUUUUUAUUUUUUAUUUUUUGUUUGGUUGUUUGUUUACUCUCCCCCCAUUCACAGGCCCUCUUGGCCUUUUAUUUUAUAAUCAGUUUAUACCGGUCACUACUCGCCACUGGGCUCUGUCCAGUCUGACUAUUCACCUCCCUGUUCUUCGCCUGACCUGGAGAGAUCGUCCGAGGUCCGCCGUCUGUAACGGAAGUUCCGGCCCGUUAAACGUUCCCGCCGAGAGGCGGACGCUGAAGGAAGCUCCGGAGGCUCCGGAACGUUUCUCGAGCGGGAAAAAACGGCAUGAGCGCGUCCUUUUAUGCGGAAGCACUUUUUUGGGAUGCGUGACGUAUAAAGGAUCGAGCCGUUGGUCUACCACGUCUGCAACUGACACGUCUGUAGCUGACGCGUCUGUAACUGACGUUGGGAGGAGCGAGGAAUGGGUGGAGAGGCGGGAGCAGGGAAAGGAAGCAGGAGGUGAAAAAUGAGUGAUUGGACUCAGCCUGCUGUCUCACUGACCGAGAGAAACAAACACCAGAAACACACCUGGACUCUCUCGUUGGGCAGCCGUUCUGAGAAACACUAAUCCCCCCCCCCCCGAUCCUCAUGUGUUUGGGUGCAUUAAGCAACACCCAGACACUGUGGCGUACAAACUCAGAAAGUGUCUGGUCUCUAGAGCUGGGAGUGAUGGAUGGGCCUCUUUACAACCUGUGAGAUUUCCCCGUUCCUCCCGCCUGGUUACCGUACGUUACGUUCAGCAUGUAUGACUAUUUGCAUGACAGAAAUCGCUGUUCAUUUCUGCCCUCCCGUUUUUGGCAUUUAAAGGGCCAGGCAGAACGCCUUUGGGCGCCUGGUCUCUAGAAAGUUCAUUAGGAACAUCCCGCCAGAGACAUGUAGCGAUCAGAUUCGUCCGCCUGGUCAUACAAUAAUUACUCCAGGCAGGAAGUUGAGGUCACCGAUGACCUCACUUCCUGUGCUACCCUCGACCUGUGUUUUUUGUUUGUUUCCCUAGAACAGGGGUGUCAAACUGAAUUCCCCGGGGGCCGCAGUGUCUGCGGUUCUUUAUAACCGUGGUACAAACCCGAUUGGUGUGGGUCACAGCUGUAUUUCUACUUUAAAGCACUGUUCUCUCUCUCUCUGCUCAUAUGGGGUAAAUGCAUUUAUUAUUGUUAUGUUUGUUUUCAUAGCGUGGGGAGAAGAAGGUUUGAAUGACAGAUGGCUGUGAAGGUUUGAGUGACAGAUGGCUGUGUGUCUGGUGUGCAGCUGGAGGACUGGUCGUGUAAAAUGUACAGAACCGAUGUCGGAUUCUCGGUAUGCCCUGACUCUCUCCGCGCACUGUUAAUAAAAUGGCUUUAUUUAAAUCUCGACUGAAGGUCUGGGUUGAGUUCUGCGGUGAGCUGUUAUUUUGUAAGGUACACGUAUUGGAACAGAGUUCAGAAGAUGUUCGUGGGAGAAUUUCGCUUGUAGGUCAGCGCAUAGUGAGUGACGCACGUUUCGGAGGUUUGUCUCGUUAAUGAUGAUUUAUUAAAGAGUGUUGCACAGUUAACAUACUUCCUACUUUUACAUUUAAUGAACAGAAUGUAAGCUUUUUAUAUGGUUUGUGUAUUUUUGUUUUUUCCUGAAAUAACUUGUCGAUAUACUGGAUCUUUAGAAUGUAAAAAAUGUAUCUAAGAAAUACUGAAUAAAAAAAGACUUGGGUCAUCA